CGAGGAUUUCCGCUUUCCCCACUGCGAUUCCCAACAUGAAUCUUUUUCUCGUCCUCGCCGCGUCCGCGAGCAUUCUCCGAUCCGUCGACGCACGGGAAGCACCCGGACUCGGGGAGCCUUGCGAGCCAGGCGUGGACACCUGCCGGGACUGGAACGCGGAGUGCGUCGGCGAAGACCCAGGCGGCUUCACCUGCGAGUGCGUCCAUGGAUUCGUGCAGGAUGGGGGAAACUGCAAGGUGCCACCUGGGGGCCUCUGCUCCGACUCGCUCGAGUGCGUGAGCAACGCGGAAUGCGACGGCUUCGGAAGCUUGCUCAUUUGCUCGUGCCUGGAUGGAUUCGUGGACGAUCGUGGAUUCUGCAAAGUGGAGGUCGGCGGACCGUGUCGGGAUGCAGACGAGUGCGUGACAAACGCAGAUUGCUUGGGGGAGCCCGGAACGUGCCAAUGCGAAGAGGGAUUCCUGGAGGAAUCGGGACUUUGCCGAGAAGCACCUCGACUCGGGGAGGCAUGCGACCCGGAUGGUGCCCCCUGCGAGGGCCCGAACGAGGAGUGCCUCGACGAUGGAAGCGGCGCUUCCACCUGCCGGUGCCAAACGGGGUUCGUGGAGGACGAGGGAGUCUGCAAGGUGCCAGCCGGCGGCCCCUGCACGAACUCGACGCAGUGCGUCAGCGACGCGCAGUGCACGGACAUGGGCGGCGGGACCGUGUGCACCUGCAACGACGGACACGUAGAAGUCAACGGACGAUGCAAGGUAGCCUUGGGUGGGGAAUGCCAAGAUACCGUUGAGUGCGUGGAAAACGCGGAGUGCGUCGACGAUACGUGCCAGUGCAUGCAGGGAUUCCAGGAGCACUUCGGAGAAUGCGUGCCAGAGGAUGACCUCGGGCUGGGCGAAUCUUGCGAUCCGAUGCUACAGAAUUGCGUGACGGAGAAUGCAGAGUGCGUCGGAGAUCCAGGUUCUGCGACGUGCCAAUGCAUGGAAGGAUUCUUGCAGGAAGGAGACAACUGUGAGGCGUGGAACCCGGGGCUGGGCGAGCCGUGCGACCCCGAACUCGCGCCGUGCACCGCCGAAAACACCGAAUGCGUCGGGGAACCCGGUUCGCAGACGUGCCAAUGCGAGGAGGGACUCGUCCAAGACGGGGAAAUCUGCAGGAUGCCGUUCCUGGGGGAAGAAUGCGACCCGGGCCGGGAGUGCGCGGCCGAGAACUCCGACUGCUUGGAACACGCCGGGGUCUGGACCUGCCAGUGCUCCAUGGGCUUCGUGCAGGAGCAGGCCGAUUGCACCGAUCGCAUCCGGCACGAAUGCCAUUCUCCACGGAUCGGGACGGAGGACCGAAUCGGAAUCGCGAACGAGCGAUUGGAAUCCCCGAAGACGCAUCCGGAGAUCGGCGAAGAGCUCGGAACCGCGCGGAGCGUUCGUCUCGGAUUCGAAAAGACGGGAAAAAUCGAGAGAGGAAAUCGCGGCCACCGGGAAAGGAAACUCGGCGAUCUCGAAGAAAGAGAGCCGGUGUCCGUCGUCUCGAGAAGGAACGACGUCACCCCGAAACGGUCGAAGGAGCAGGUGGAAACGGACGAGCUUGGCAUCUUUCGGGAGGAUUUAGGAUCGAAAAAAAUAUCGGUCGACGGUCCUUUUCGAACGUAG